AUGAAAAUAUUCUCUGCCUUUGAAGAGCUCGGCCUUGCAGAUGAAAUUCUCAAAGGAGCAUUUGCAUACGGAUUCAGUCAGCCGUCAAAGAUACAGCAGGAUGCAAUAAAAAUAAUUGCAUCAGGUGCGAAUAUUAUUCUGCAGUCGCGGAAUGGCACUGGAAAAACAGCUGCCUUUAUAAUAGGAAUGCUUCAGAAGAUCAUUAAUCAGAGUAAGAAUACAUAUCAGAGCAACUGCGGCAGCCAUAAUAUUGGAGCACUCUGCGGAAAGGGUGUGGGUGAGGCAAAGCCAGGUCAGACACAUUCCAUUGAGGCGAUUAUUCUUUCCCCAACACGAGAUCUAGCUCUGCAAACAUUCGGUGUGUUCCAGGGGUUGGCGCAGUUUACAAGCAUCAAGGGAUAUUGUGCUGUGGGGCAGGAGGGAAGUAUCGCAGAGGAUAUCAAGGAAGUGCGCAAGUGCAAUAUUUUGUUUGGAACAGCAGGGCGUGUUCUGCAUCUUAUUCGAGAGCUAAAACAGGCCUUUUCCACUGUUCAUGGAAUUGUUGUAGAUGAGGCAGACCGGAUAGUGGAAAGUGGAUUCUCUCUGCCGGUGCAAGGGAUAUGUGAGAGAUUAAAAGCAGCCAAGCCGCAGUUUGUAUUUGUGAGCGCAACACUCCCUGAUGAAGUCCAGCCAUUCUUCCAGGAAUACGCGCCAGAUGCGAAAGCUAUUCUUGUGCCGCAGCAGGAGCUGGCUCUGGAAAGAAUAUCGCAGUAUUAUAUUCCAGCAGGUAAGGAUAGGUUUAAUAGAAUGUGUGAUGUCUUUGGGGCUGUGUCUAUCUCGCAGGCAGUUGUGUUUGCAAACAAGAAAGAAACAGUUGAGGAGGUCGGGCGUAAUCUGCAGAGACAUGAAUUUCCAGCUGUAGUUGUGCAUGGUGCGCUUCCUCAGGCUGAAAGAAAUAAGAGACUGAGUGACUUCUUUAGCGGGAAAAGCAGGAUACUUGUGAGCACAGAUGUAUGCGCAAGAGGAAUAGAUGCAGUUCAUGUGAACUUGGUUGUAAACUAUGAUGCACCGCAUACAGCAGAGGAAUAUCUUCAUAGAAUUGGGCGAGGAGGAAGAUUUGGUAAGACAUCAACAGCAAUAACAUUUGUGAAUCCUGGAGAAUCCACCCGAGCACAAGGACUAUACAGCGCAUUUGGAAGAACACUCAAAGAAUGGAAAUAA